UGUCACCUUCUUAAUGCUAUGGUUUCUAAAUAAGAGAGCAAUACUACUGCCUCCAAAGAUGGGAUCAUUACAAUUUGGAGGAUACAUAAAAUCUGGUGGUUUUCUUCUUGGAAGAACUCUUGCUGUUCUAACAACCAUGACUUUGGGGACAUCAAUGGCUGCUCGUCAAGGCCCGGUUGCAAUGGCUGCUCAUCAGAUAUGCAUACCAGUAUGGUUGGCUGUUUCGCUUCUGGUUGAUGCCCUGGGUGCAUCUGCACAGGCUUUGACUGCAAGUUAUAUGUCUAAAGGUGACUAUAAGACAGUGAAGGAAAUUGCUCACUAUGUGCUGAAGGUAGGAUUGCUCACAGGUCUUGCCUUGUCUGCAAUUUUGGGUCUAUCUUUUGGUUCAUUAGCUACUCUGUUCACCAAGGAUGCUGAAGUACUAGCAAUUGUUGGUACUGGAGUAUUGUUUGUUAGUGCUAGUCAACCUCUGAACGCACUAGCUUAUGUUUUUUAUGGUCUCCAUUAUGGUGCUUCGGAUUUUGCAUAUGCUGCCCGUGCCAUGGUAAGGCUUAUGAUGCUACCUUGUUCUGUAUUACUAUGUUCUGUACCUUUAGAGGAUUUCGAGGAUGAAGCCUCUCUUUUAAUUGCUGGAGACUCAUGGUUCUUGGUUUUGACAAUGGAUAAUGAUGUAGGAUUUUUGAAAUCUGAUCACAACAUAAAACUAAGAACCCACUUCUGA